AUAGGACAAAAAUCUGUGAUGAAUUAGCAUUGUUCCCUACUCCAGCAGGUUCUUUUGAACAAUUUGUAUGACUGUUCAGGGACAUUCAGAGAUGUUGCAUCCCAUUGUAUUUUGAAACUUUGUGACAUUGUACAUUGGGACUCUUUGUCUGAAUACAGUACAAUGAGGGUUUUGGAUGGAUGCCUGUGGUCAGCCUGUUUCCCAAGCUCAUACAUCCAGGUCCUUUCCCAGGGAUAAACAACUUUUUUUUUAUCCAAAUGUAGCAAUGAUUUUGUGUGUUUUGUGCAUUUUGUCAAAUUUGUAUGAAAAAGAGGCAAAUUAACCUAAGAUUAAAACAUGGGUGAUUGGUCAAUUCUGGGCCGCUUUCUAACCGAGGUUCAGAAUCAUUCAACAGUCAUCGGCAAAAUCUGGCUGACGGUGCUACUGAUCUUCCGCAUACUGCUGGUCACCCUGGUGGGAGAUGCAGUGUACAGCGACGAGCAGUCCAAAUUCACCUGCAACACCCUUCAGCCGGGCUGCAACAACGUCUGCUAUGAUACAUUCGCCCCCGUCUCACACUUACGCUUCUGGGUCUUCCAGAUCGUUCUGGUCUCAACGCCCUCCAUCUUCUACAUCAUCUAUGUGCUGCACAAAAUCACCAAAGAUGAGAAGAUGGAGACGGAGAGGAUCCACGCAGAGGCCAGUCACCCUAGUCGAAUACAAGGAGAUGGUUCCAGACUGGCCUACGGAGCCCAGGGAGAAGAAUGGGGUGGUCAGGACGAGGGAAGCGUUGAGCAAAGUCUCCUGCAGGAAGAUUUCGGUGAGCUCGGCAAAGAUCCAACCACACUUUCCAGUCAGGUUCUACUCAUUUAUAUUGUUCACGUCCUGAUCCGCUCCGUCCUGGAGAUCACCUUUCUUGUCGGUCAGUAUUACUUGUUUGGAUUCGAGGUGCCUCAUUUGUUCCGCUGCCAAACGUACCCUUGCCCAACACGGACUGACUGUUUUGUGUCUCGAGCCACCGAAAAGACUAUUUUCCUUAAUUUUAUGUUCAGCAUCAGCUUGGGUUGUUUCCUCCUGAACAUUGUGGAGCUUCACUACCUGGGUUGGGUCUACAUUUUCCGUAUGCUCUGCGCCGCCUGCUUCUUGUGCUGCAAGUCAGAGAGGGAUUUGUAUGCUCAACGAAACCCACUGUUGCUUCGCCUCAGACACUCGAUGCAGAGCAGGCUGGUCCUGCAGUCUUCAACAACCACUCUGUCUCAGGAGAAGACCGGGACGGCUUUGCUUUCACAUGGUCCUGUCAUCUCUUUUGAGACCGACUCGACUCUUGAAAGCUCCUCAAAGAGGAACCCUGAGGAGAGGGAACGCAUGAGGGUCAAAUUGGCCAACAUGGUUAGAUUUACUGGUAAAAAGUCUUGGCUGUGAUGUGUACUGAUGGAUUUUAGUUUCUUUUGUUAAGAGUAGCUCAUUGUAAACUUCAUUCUGAUGCUUGUUGCACACAUAUGUGGCUUUGUUAAGUUUCACAAUAAGGUUUGCUGCAGCUGAUUCCACCUUUCAAAUGCUUGUCAACAUGAUCGGCUGACUGAGGUCUCUGACCUGAUAGACAUUUCCCGGUUUCUCAGUAGCGGAAGUCAUCAUAGUUGGGAAAACCUAGAGAGCAGU